AUGUUACUGAGCUUUGACUGUGAUGACCAGCUACUAGACUGUGCUGAAGUACUUGAAUUAUUCCACAAUCUUGGUUUUGCUGCUAACCCGGUAUCAAAUGCAUUCAAGAAUCUGGACAGUUCCAGCCAAAUUGGAGGACUCAGGGGUGUUUAUUGUGAAGAUACAACGUUACAACUUAAUCCACCUGCUUUUCAGAUCCCUUCCUCAUCUGCUCCAAAGGGAAUCAAGCGGAAGUGGAGUUUAAUAGACAGACCUGUGGAUCUGCAGAUCAAAUCUUCACUAUGUCUCCGCCUAGGCCAUUCAUCAAGUUCAUCAGAUAGUAAGGGGAGUACAGGAACUGCAUGCACUUCGAUGUCCUCGGCUAAAGACAUUGAAGAAGAGUCCUCAAUGGAUCUAGAACUGGACUUCACUCUCCAUCUUGGUAGUGAAAAGUCAUUAAAUCCAAGGAAAUCAGCCAGUUUGAAAUCCUUGAGUGCACAGCCUAAGGUUGAUUUGGAGUUGAGCCUUUCUAGUGGGCUUGCUGAAUCUGAUAUAACUACUUUUUGUCCAAGCUCUACUACAGAAAAGAAUGCUCUCAACAUGGCGUUUACUGGUGAUGGAGCUUUUAACACUGAUGAAGGAUCCAUGGGAAGUCCUUUUUAUCCAUUUCCGCAGGACAGGGAAAACACUAACUUCCUCAGACAGGCUCCAAGACAAAUGAAGCCAGUAUCACUCUCUCCAGAUCUCUCCGCAAGUGUAAUGACCACACCAAAAAGCUCAGUCACCUGUACUUCCGGGAUAACACAGCUACAACAGCAGCGCACUAGUAGUGCAAAACAGUGUCAGUUUCAGGGAUGUUCUAAGGGAGCUAGAGGUGCUUCUGGCCUUUGUAUCGCUCAUGGUGGCGGUCGGAGGUGCCAACGUCCUGGUUGCCAUAAAGGAGCUGAGGGUCGGACUGCAUUCUGCAAGGCUCAUGGUGGUGGUCGACGAUGUGAAUAUUUAGGAUGUACGAAGAGUGCAGAAGGACGUACAGACUUCUGUAUCGCCCAUGGUGGUGGCCGCCGUUGCAGUCAUGAGGGCUGCAGCCGUGCUGCAAGAGGGAAAUCUGGAUUGUGCAUUCGGCAUGGUGGUGGCAAGAGAUGCCAGAGAGAGAACUGCACAAAAAGUGCUGAAGGCCUUUCUGGUCUUUGCAUCUCACAUGGAGGUGGUCGCCGAUGUCAGUAUCCGGAAUGCACCAAAGGGGCCCAAGGAAGCACAAUGUUCUGUAAGGCUCACGGUGGUGGCAAACGUUGCACAUUUUUAGGAUGCAACAAGGGUGCAGAAGGAAGCACGCCUUUCUGCAAGGGCCAUGGUGGAGGGAAACGAUGUUCUUUCCAAGGAGGCGGAGUUUGCCCAAAGAGUGUGCAUGGGGGUACCCUUUUCUGUGUAGCACAUGGAGGUGGCAAGAGGUGUGCUGUGCCAGAGUGCACGAAGAGUGCAAGGGGACGUACAGCCUAUUGUGUUCGUCAUGGUGGGGGAAAGAGAUGCAAAUACGAAGGGUGUGGAAAAAGUGCUCAGGGCAGUACUGAUUUCUGCAAGGCUCAUGGAGGAGGGAAGAGAUGCUACUGGGGUCAGCCUGGUUCUGAAUUUGGCAAGGGCAAUGGACCUUGCAACUCGUUUGCACGGGGUAAGAGCGGGCUCUGCGCAUCGCAUGGUGCCUUGGUUCAGGACAAUCGGGUUCAUGGUGGUGCAACUAUAGGAACUGUCAUUCAGGAUUCAAAAACCAACCAACCUUCUAAGAUUAAACAAAUUUUCACUGCCGAUGACAUGAGUGUUGACAUCAUAGAGAGCGGUGUUGUGGCUUCCCCCAGGAGUUGGAAUUAUUUAUGCCCCCGUCAAGCUCAUAUGCCUGUUGGAGGCAGCUCAUCAACCCGUACAGUCCCUGAAGGAAGGGUGCAUGGAGGCAACCUUGUGGCGUUGUUUGCAGUCGCUCUCCAAAACAAUUCGAGGCUAAUUUAG